AUGUAUCUAGGACGCAGUUUCAUCGGUGGUACAGUCUGGUGGGAGAGAAUGGUGCAGGAUAUACCAAUUAGACCAGAAAAUACCUCAUUCUCUACUGUCCAUUUGGCAAAAUUGAUACCAGAUAUUCUAAGCAUGCCAAGCUCAAAUCGGGUGGCAAGCGAAGCCUGGUACUGGGUGACCGUGUUUCUACCCACUAUUUGUCAUACAGCUUCCACAUGGCUGAAUGUGGCCCUGGCUGGCCAGCGUCUCAUCUACAUAACUUGGCCCACACAAGCGAGGCAAUGGACCUCGGUGCGAUGCUCCCAGCUAGUUGGGCUUUUCGCCUUCCUUGCUGCCUUUUUACUUCAUUGGCCCAUUGCAACUGUCCGCUUCGUAUCAUACGCUCCCGUCGUGCUGUUGCAGCCUAUGGAUACAGUUAAUACAUCCUCCGUUGACAUUAUCACAAAUUCACCAACAUCCAUUUCAGACAGUUCUGCAAAUGUAUUUUAUCUAGAGCCGUCCAACCAAACGUCCAACUUCUGCGACUCUGUACAAAUGGCGUGGCCAAAUGUGUUGGGUUUGUCCAAACAAAAGAAUAACAACCUUCCACAAACCGUGAUUAUGAAGUGCCAUCUGACGAAUCGACAAGGCAUGUACAUCUAUUUCUGGUUUCGUGUGAUGUGCCACAAUGUGCUCCCAUGUAUUUUGCUCAUCCUGUUAACUGGUUUUCUUAUCGCCGGGAUGCAGCGAAUCUCUCGUAGACGAAAACGGCUCUUUGCUUCUCCUCGUCCAUCAUCCAUCUUUCCGGAGGUCGUCCGCAAUGAAGCUAACCACUUAAGCCCAGUUUCAAGUAAGGUGAAGGAAAGUCACAUGUGUGUAACUACAGAGCCCCCUAAUCCAUUAAACGGGCCCUUAGAUACAGAAAAUAAACCAUCUCUUACUCAUCAACAUCGCUGCUUUAAAAGUCUUCUGUCCGACUGUCAUCCGAGGAAUUUUUCAUGCUGUCUAUUCAGAGCAAUGUACAAUAAUAAAAAGUCUACUCCUGACUUAAACUCGGCCGAACGGCUCUUACAAGUACCAAAAUCCACCGGCCUUUGUCGCGAGCGGAUUGGUCCUAAAACAGGUGGCACACAGUCAUCAUCAGGUACAGAUCCGCACAACACCUCUAAGUUAUUAAUUGUGGUUCUCGUCAUAUUUCUUCUUGCUCAAAUACCAACAGCCAUAGUGACGCUGGGUCAAUUUGUGCAUUUGGUGAAUACGCACACGGCUAAUCCUAGUCAUCAGACGACAACUGACGACAGGCAAUUCUAUCUCAAGAGCCCCAAUGAUGAGGUCUUUGCCAGCAUAAAUCAGACAGAAGCAUCUACGCCCUUUAGCCGCCUUCCGACAGUUGUAUGUAACCUGAUAAUCCUGAUAUCAUAUAAGCUGAACUUUUUUAUAUACUGGAUUAUGUCAGCCCAGUUUCGGCAAAACUUUUACGCCCUCUUUUUCCGUCCCUCAAAGACUCGAAUUUCUACUACUAUGCAACAUACCGCAAGGUUCAACUUCAAAAAUUGUUUCACGAGCAUUCCAUGUUGCAAAAAUACUAGCGCAUUGGCUGUGAAAAAGACAAAGAGAAAGAAUGAAACAGAGUUAGAAAACUUAGAAGGGACCAUUGCCACUUGCUAUAUCGGUUUGCCACGUAGAAACAUAUUGAAUUCAUCCGAAAUAAUUGCUGAAAGAAACGGACUUUUAGUAAAAUUUGUGGAAGGAACAGGAAGAGAAACCGGGAAAAAAGAAUGCACAGAUAAAUGCAAGGUUGAAUAUCAUUUUUCCGAUAUAUCGGAGAAGUUAGAAGUCGAAAAUAAAAAGAAAUAUUGUUCAGAUCCUCAAACCUCAGGUAAACCAACUAUGAUAUCUGUCGAGCCCACCUCUUCAAACCUCGUAAUUGCUGAAGGAAAACUAGCCGGUAUUGGUCCAAAGGCUGAGACUUCAUUGCCAUUUACGCAAAACCUUAACCAAACUGGCGAUGAUCUACAAGAUCGUAUUGAGGUUACAACGAAAUGCGAUCGAAUGAACAGACUACAUAGAAGACUCUGCCCUCAGGAGAGUGAAUUGCUGGGUGAAACAGACGUAAUUGAGGAAAACACCUUUGAUUUAGCCACCAGAGACUAUCCGGAAAAGUCACACGCCCUUGCAUUUAAUAUGCCCAGCACUAGCAUUUAA